AACCCAGCUACCGGCAUGGAUCCCCCUAUCAUUUUUUUCGUCAACGUCAACAUCAACAUGUAUCUCGAGCGCAUGAAGUACGCUAGGUCUCGUGGCCAUUUCAGCAAGUGCAGGCUCGAUUUGUUACGCGCUUUCAUUCCGCUUCAGUCUCUGUCCCACGCUGUGCUUCACUGUCACCAGUUCCCUCUGAAACCGCUGCUCAGGAACUGGGCUUCCGGUGGACGUCGUCGCCAGCCAAUGACGAGCAUUUCCGACAUAUCGGGUGAAAGGUCGGGCGAGACGCCGGUCGAAGGUUGGGGUGAAAGGUCGCCUGAGGAAGGGAGCGAAAAGUCGCCUGAGGACAGGAGCGAAAAGUCGCCUGAGGAUAGGAGCGAAAAGUCGCCUGAGGAAGGGAGCGAAAAGUCGAGUGAAGAGUCGCUUGGAGAGGCGUUUGCGCGAGGAACUUCUGUUUCGGAAAUAUCGGCUGACAUUCAUAGCGGGGAGCAUGAGAGAACCACGCAUACCGAAGUCUUCAGCGGUGAGCGGAGCGGUGUUACAUCUGGAUCCUCGGCUGCCACGUCCGGGACAACUACCGUGGGAGAGACCAGCACCAGCUCUGAGGAAUUCGGUUUCUUUCCACCCGUCGGCAGCGAACGAUUCGCGGCCAUGAUGGCUACUAUCGUCCUCGCACUCGUCAGUGCUGCCCUGUUCGCGUAUCUGUUCAAAAUACUCUGUCAUCCCGAUAUUGACGAUGAUGACCUAGGAAUCCCAGUAACAAGUAACGCAUUUAUAACACUCUCUCACUUUCUGAUAUACGUAUAUGCUUAGAAUUGUCACGUUGUUCACGUUUGCCAUGUAGUAGUCAAGUGAAUGCUGGGUCGGUACUUAUUUUACACCUCAAAUGCAAAUACCACGCAUAUUGUGAAACAUGAAACACGGUACACAUGAGUUAGGGGUAGAGACAAUGAGGUUUCCCAACAAAAACGGACAACGGGUGUGGAGAAGACGUGAAAAGACGUAAGUAUUUCUGUAAGGUUCCUCCGUUCAUCCUUGCUUUCCUGCAUUGUUUUGGGACAUGCCAUUCGUUAGGUGGACUUUUCCGAACGCGCUUUGUCUAGCACGAUACAACGCGUAAGUAUAACCACAAUAUUUCCAGUUCAGGGAAAUAAGGUUGUCGUGCUUUAUUCGUAUUCCUCCAUAACCAAGGUAAAUAUGUGUCAACAUCGUUGGAUAUCUAUGGGACUCACCAAAGGGUUCGAGCAAAGUUUGCAAAAUGGCAAGUCAUUCGGCUUUCUCUCAACCAUUUUGUCCUAAACCAACAUCAUAAUUAAAUGCAAUCGUUGUUCGUAGCUGCGCUGGUUGGGGUUUGUUGACGUAUAGUUUGGUUCAUGUCAAAGAUUCCUCAGAAGGUCAACAACAACAACAACAACUUUAUUUGAUGAAGAAUGGGGGGCGAUGCUCUACCCCAUUGCUUGUGGUGAUGUGGGGAAGAAAUGAUUUAGUAUAGCAUAUCCUCCAGUAUACAUCAUUUCACGCGUGCUGUCUGACAUUCAUGAUUGAAGCCACGGUAUAAGGACGAGGCCUCAUGGCAUCGACAGAGCUUUCCAUGCCGUGACCACGACGUGAUCACGGGAGCGGGCUUAUCCUCCUCUACGCCAACAGAAAACCAUCGACUCAUCAUGCUCGCACCGGACUGCAACACGGAUCUAGCACCUUGGAAUUGCGCUGUCACGUAUAUUAAUGGAAGUUUAUUUCCAGCUUUAUACGACUGACGCCUCCCAAAGGUUCCCGUGGCUCAGGGACCAAGAUGACCGCCUUCCACACGGAGACUGCGAGGUGACAUGGGUUCGAAUUCAUCCCCGCAUCACCUGUGUUGUCUGCGCCGUUCCCCGAGGAUUCUGCCCAGGAAGACUAUCUCUCCCGAGCAACGUGCAGUCAUAUCGGCGGGCAGAGUGCUUGCUUUCAUGUGCCAGACAAUCCAGCCGGGGGCUAUCACAAGAACCCUGUAGAUCACAGUUGUCUCGCGACGUAAACCCCCAAGAACCCUGCUCCGCUGACCUUCACAAUUUUGUUGGGUUGAAUGGGUUGGGUUGGGUUGACGGGUCCUGUGUCAAUAGCUCUCUAACAGGAAUACAGUUGAUGCCAAUGGAAGCGUGCCAGUGCGUACGGAGCCGCAUGCCACGAAUUCAGGUGUAGACCGUCCACGUUCGUUGAGCACGCCAGUCUGCCUCGCUCAAGUUGGACUGGUUGUAGCAGGCCUCACAGCUGGAAGAAGCACCAAAGACUGUCAUUGCGGACCGUCAAUUGGGAAAGAGCAUACAGAUGCUCUUUUUUAUUUAUUGCAGUUGAUAGAAAUACGUGUAUAUGUGUGAAUGAAAUCUCCAACCGCACAGUAGCCACAAAGAUCGUGAGCAAAAAUAGUCUCGAUAUUUAGUAAAAAAUAAAGGUUCUAAAGCGUU